AUGCCUGGAAUUCUUCCGAUGAAAGUCAUCAAGGUCGGCAACAAUGCCCAAAGUCGCAUCGCCCAGGCCUGUGAUCGAUGCAGAAGCAAAAAGAUCCGCUGCGACGGUGUACGCCCUUGCUGUUCCCAAUGCGCCAAUGUUGGCUUUGAGUGCAAAACCAGCGACAAACUAAGUCGACGAGCUUUCCCCCGCGGAUACACGGAGUCUUUGGAGGAACGGGUACGAAAUCUGGAGGCCGAAGUCCGGGAUCUCAAAAAUUUGUUGGAUGAAAAGGACGAAAAGAUCGACGUACUCUCCCGUAUACAUUCAUUUUCAUCGCCGUCACACCAGAAGGUCGCUAAACCCGUUCAAUCGUCGUCGUCGAAUCCGGUGAAUAAUUCAAAUACCUCGGGCUCGAACGAGGGUGUGAUUCAUGUGCCACAGCCUGCGGUGUCCAGCGAUUCAGAUGAGGUGGAGAGUUUUGGGAUCUCAAGUAUACGUGGAUUUGCUGAUAAUUUCACCAGCAAGCUUGUGGAUCAAGGCCGGGUAUCGCUGGGAGUGUCGACGAAGGCUUUGACCGCUCCCCCUCCUCCUAUAUCUCAUUCCUGCACCGAUAAGACUCUCAGAACAGCUCCUCGAAUCAUCUCCGACCAGCUUAUCAACAUCUUUUUCCAAGAAUGGGCUCCUCUUUACCCCGUUGUCCACCGACCUACUAUUCUCAAAGCUUACGAGCAAUACCUUUCCAACACCGAAUCCUUCCAAGGCAACAAACGCGAUGUCGCGCAGUUAAACCUGAUAUUCGCUGUCGCUGCACUUUCUUCUCCCUCGAGAACUAAUCAAGACCCUGCUUUAUUCGAAGAAAACUGGUCGCCUAUUCUUGAAUCACUUUCGGGCAGUAUCUCCAUUUCGACCUUGCAGUGCUAUGUGCUUGCCCAAAUGUAUUGCAUGACAAAGGGCGAUUAUUCCGGCCUUCUACGCUAUAGGGGUCUUGCCGUCGGCCUUUGCCAGCAGUUGCGACUCCACCAGAGCCAGAAGCGUUUUUCUUCCAACCCUCUCGUCGCUGAAACGAGGAAGAAGGUGUUCUGGUGUCAAUAUGUCCUGGAUCGUUUCUGCUCUGCUCUAACGAAUCUCCCUGUUCUUUUGCGAAACGAGGACAUUCGCACAGAGUACCCAGAGGAUAUUGACGAUGAGAACGUUACUGAAUCUGGGUUUUUACCCACUCUUCCUGGCGAGUCUACUCGCAUCUCCAGUGCCCUCGCGCUAUUUGCGGCAUCCAAGGUCCUCGGCAACGCCCUAGAAAAUGUUUAUCCGUCGGAUGGAGGAUACGACAUCCCCUUAUCCAAGCUGCGUGCAGUUGCAGAGCAACUUGAUGAAUGGGUGAAGACCUUACCUGCUCAUCUUCGCCUGGAGUUUUCUCAAGACAAACCCAGCACUAAUGUCACCAGCAGCCGAUCGCCACUUCUAUCCCUUGUAUAUUAUUUCAUUCGGUCCCUUAUCCAUCGCCCUGCCGUUUGCUUCGGGGAGGAGCAAGCGCGUUCACCAUCGGUCCUUGCGCUUGCCGACUCGAGCAAGCGCAUCAUCCAAAUUCUACAACUAUUGGACGAGAGACGCCUUUGCCUCUCCAUUAGCAUUAACCGAAGAGAAUUGGUAUCCGCGUCAGGGCUGGGACUCCUUUGGCAAAAUAUGGGCCUGAAACGCGACAGCAAACUAGUCAAAGAGAGCCAAAAGAUUCUUACCGCGGUCAUUGACCAGUUAGAGGGCGAAUCAUCCGCGGCUGCUGCCCAAUUCAGCACUUUGGCUAGUGUGUUAGUGUCUUUGGAUCGCAGCCACGCCAAGCACCAGCCCCCUGCUAAACCCCAGGACAUGUCCCCGCCGAUGCAGAAACCAAUGAAGUCUCCUAAGAAGCAACUUCAGAGCUGGAAAGCGCGCUUGAUGGGGAAUAUAAGCCUACACCAGCCCGAACGGCAGGAGCCCUUGUCGCGUAGGAAUACAAUCUCCGGCUCCAGCCCUAACCUCAUUGAACGUCAGUUACGGUCUCCUAGCUGGGCUAGCCUGCCUCCUGAGAACCCCCAACAUUCAAACGUCUCGAUCGACAACAAGACCUUUUACCCCUCGUCUUCUGUGGGAUAUGGCGGUACUCAUCUUUCCUGUUCUUUGCCUGGGGACCCCACAUCCGGAGCUAUGUCCCUCACAGACUGGGAAUUUGUCGUGAGUGAUAUGGAUCAAGGGUACUCGAAUAUUUUUACUGGGAUAUACGGGGGCAAAGAGUGCGGUGAAGAUCAUGGCCCAUUUGCGUCUCUCACAACAGAGCACGUACAGAAACAAGGCCAAAUGAUUGCGCCCUUUGCUGCAUCACAAAGUGAUCUGCAGGGUCUAUCGCCCGAGGCAUGGUCCGCGACCAGCAGUAGCGACGCAACGCACCAGCAGGAGCUAACCGCACGCAGCGUUUAUUCAGAAGAGAGUUUGGGAAGCACAGAUGACGUCGUUCCCUUCCCCAACAUGCAGCCCUCUCCCGAGGAACGCACUAGCGCACUUUUAGAUCCAUUCCGGGGCGUUAUGAUCCCUAACGGAGAUGAUGAAAUUGAUGAAUUUGGACUGGUUAACGGUUGGGAUCGACGGCUGGCCGUCUGA